AUGUCGACCCUCACGGACAGUAUGGGUUACAUCUUUGCGGCUACCAGACGCAGGGGACUUAGAAGCCCCCUAUGCAUUGAGGCUAACUAUCCGUACCUAGAACAACGGUUAACCAAACAAUCGAUACAAUGGCUUAAUGAAAAUCCUUCGAAGAUCCUGCACCGAGCCCAUCGGCUGCAGACAUUCCAUACUUCAAAUAAAUUGAGGGUUAACAUCGGGCCUAAGUCAACACAUUUCAAAUGGCCAUUCUGCAAUUCUCCAAGCCUUGUCAAUGCGAUAAAGCACGGGGAGGUUAUUUAUGACGAAGAGAACUAUGCUAUUGUCGAGUCUGUUCCAACCCUUUCGUACCCAGCAGAGUUGGCUUCAAAGCUUUUAGUCGCUAUUCACUCGCCAUUUGAAGAAUCUGAUUGUGCACCCCUUAUUGCUGGUGGUACAUGGGCCGCAUCCUACGGAGACUUCCGCGGCUGCGAACUUAUACAUAUACAAGUGCGAAAAAUAGAUGAGCGGGACUUGAAUGGGCAAUGGGGAGAUGAAGGGAACCUUGCCGAUGCAGUCACGCCGUUCGCUCAGGACAUCCAGAGACUAUUCAUGCUAUCUAUACUCCCUGCACCAUUCUUCUCGUCGGACGAUGUUCAAAUCGGCAACACAAUUAUUGAGGCAAUCAAAAUAACCGGUGAUACAAAUGUGCCCAGGGGUGUUCGAACGUUUGUUGGAUUUCUUGACCAUAAGGAGGUAUGGAGUGGGCCGUCUGAAAAUGGCGAUUUUGUGCCAAGACCCUCAUCCCAUCCGUGGCCCCUUCUUCCUGGAUCAACGAUUGAUAUCCACAACCAAGUUCCAGCAGAUGCGCUCCCUGCGGACAUUUCGGAAAUGAGAACUCGAGACGUUCCAUUUCGGGGUAUCACCAUACCCGGUCUUAUGCGUGUAGCUGACACCGGGUUCUCGGACCCUAAGUGGGCCAUGCAGUAA